AUGGACAACGAUGCUUUUAACUUCGACUUAGACAAGUUUCGCGUUUCUGAUGUAAAUAGUGCAUAUUAUAUUAAGGAAUUUAUAACUAAACAAGAAGAACAAGAAUUUUUGAAUAAGAUUUAUUCUGUGCCAAAGCCGAAAUGGGUUGUUUUAAAGAAUAGAAGUAUACACAUUAAUUUUGUUAAUUCAACCAGGCUACAAAAUUGGGGUGGCGUACCAACAGAGCGCGGUAUGCUUUCCGAACCACUUCCAUCGUGGUUAACAACGUGUACAUUCCCAAAAUUUUCAACUCUUGGCUUAUUUAAUGAUUGCGAAAAAUUCAAAUUGCCAAAUCAUUGUUUGAUCAAUGAAUAUGAGAGCGGCCAAGGAAUUAUGCCACACGAAGAUGGUCCAUUUUAUUAUCCAACAGUAGUAACAAUUUCAUUAAAAUCGUAUAUUAUUCUUGAUUUUUAUAAACAUUUGAAUUCAAUGAAUUGCAUAAUGACCAAUGCAAAUAAUGGAGAGAGUAAGAACUACUAUAAUGUACCAGAGUUUUCACUGUUACUUGAACCUCGAAGUUCUGAAACACGACCUCUACAAAACCUAUCUUCAUGGAAUUCAAGAAAUCAGAUUUGA